AUGGGCCGCAAAUACUGGGGCGGUUCGGGGGAUGCCCUGACCAUCUGGAUCUCAGUCGCCACGUCAACAGUCCUCAUCUUCUACGGCUACGACCAGGGCGUCUUUGGCAAUGUCAUCAUCGGCCAAAACUUUCUCGAAACCAUGGACUUCCCGUCCUCCAACAUGCAAGCAACCAUGACCUCGGUGUACAAUCUCGGCUGUUUCGCGGGCGCCAUGUCGACCAUCUGGACUGGCGAUAUCUUUGGGCGGCCGCGACAGAUUAUUGUUGGCAGUGCUGUGAUUGCUGUGGGUGCGAUUAUUCAGACGACGUCGUAUGGUGUGUCGCAGAUGAUGGUUGGGAGAGUGGUAGCUGGGUUGGGCACGGGCAUGAACACUGCUACUGCAGGUGUAUGGCAAGCCGAGACGAGCAAGAUGAGCAGUCGCGGCAAACUGGUUAUUAUCCAAAUGGCAAACUGCAUCACCGGCUUUUCCCUCUCCAACUGGCUAACCCUGGGCUUCUCAUUCGCCCCCGGCAACGUCUCAUGGCGUUUCCCUCUUGCCUUUCAAAUCUUCUUCAGUCUGCUCAUCUUCAUCCUCUGCCCCUUUUUGCCAGACUCGCCGCGUCUACUGAUCCGCAAGGGCAAAUACGACGAAGCGCGUGAGAUCAUUGCUGCUCUGCAAGGCGAGGGCGUAACCGUCGACUCGCCCGAGGUCAAGUCACAGUUUAAUAUUAUCAAAGACAUUCUUGACCGCGAGCACAUGACUACGUAUACCUGGGGUCAGCUUUUGACCGGACGAGGCCCCUCCGGCGUCCUCCGACGCAUGAUCCUCGGCGCAUGGAUGCAAGCCAUGAACCAAAUCUCCGGUAUCAACAUCACCAGCUACUACAUGUCCUACGUCUUCAUCAACGCACUCAACAUCAGCGAACUGCUAGCACGCAUCCUCGCUGCUGCCGGCAGCGUCGACUAUCUUUUCUUUGCAUGCAUGGCAUAUUUCACGAUUGAGCGGUACGGACGCCGUAAAGUGAUGAUGUGGUCUGCGGCAGCGUGCUGUACCUGCUGGGUUGUGAUUGCCAUUACCUUGGCAAUUUCCGAUACGGGUAGGGGCGAUCAGUACAAGUUGGGAAUUGUAGCGGUGUCGUUUUUCUUUGUGUUUUUUGCGAGUUUUGGUCUGGGUGUUUUGGGUGUUCCUUGGCUAUACCCCACUGAAAUCAACGCUCUCGAAAUGCGCACCAAGGGCUCCUCGCUCGCCAUGGCCACAAACUGGAUCAUGAACUACAUGGUCGUCCAAGUCACGCCACCGGGGAUCGCAAACCUGGGCUGGAAGUUUUGGAUCAUAUGGGCAUGUAUCUGCUUCAGUUUUAUUCCAAUCACGUAUCUGUUUUAUCCGGAGACGGCGAAUCGCACGUUGGAGGAUAUUGAUCGGUUUUUUGAGACGAAGCCGGGCAUUAUUGUGGCGUGGAAUAAGACGGCAACGCAAUUGACCAGACCGGAAGAGUUUAUUCGCAUGGACGAGGAAAUUACCCAGCGCAUUCAGGGUGAAGAGAAGAUGCUGGAUGAGAAAGAGAGGGUAGAAGCGGUGCCUGUUCAUGAUGAAAGUGUGUAA